GCCUGGAAGCUGCUUGGGAGACAUGGGCACUUGCUUUUGGCACUGAUCCCCCGCUGAGUUUGUCCUGCUGAUUUCGGGACCACAGAUGCUGCUUAACGAACAAGGAGGUACUUCCUGGCAUCUCUCCACCACUGCCAGCUGAGGACCAGCCCCAAAGCGGGCGUCGGCAUGGGCCGCGCCGCCAGGAGCCCGCGCUAGCCGGCGAGGUGUGAAGCGCUGGCCACGAUGACCAACUCCUCCUCCGAGUCCGCGUCCUCCACGGCCGGGGGGUCGCUGCUGCUGCUCUGCGAGGAAGAGGGGUCGUGGGCGGGCCGGCGCAUCCCGGUGUCCCUCCUGUACUCCGGCCUGGCCAUCGGGGGCACUCUGGCCAACGGCAUGGUCAUCUACCUCGUGUCGUCCUUCCGCAAGCUGCAGACCACCAGCAACGCCUUCAUCGUCAACGGGUGCGCCGCCGACCUCAGCGUCUGCGCCCUCUGGAUGCCGCAGGAGGCGGUGCUGGGGCUGCUGCCGGCCAGCGCGGCCGGGCCCCCCGGGGGCUGGGACGGCGCGGGGGGCAGCUACCGCCUGCUGCGGGGCGCGCUGCUGGGCCUGGGCCUCACCGUGUCCCUGCUGUCUCACUGCCUCGUGGCGCUGAACCGCUACCUGCUCAUCACCCGGGCGCCCGCCACCUACCAGGCGCUGUACCAGCGGCGCCACACGGCGGGGAUGCUGGCGCUGUCCUGGGCCCUGGCGCUGGGCCUCGUGCUGGCGCUGCCGCCCUGGGCGCCGCGCCCCGGCCCCGCGGCCCCGGGCGUGCACUACCCCGCGCUGCUGGCGGCCGCGGCGCUGCUGGCGCAGACGGCUCUCCUGCUGCACUGCUACCUGGGCAUCGUGCGCCGCGUGCGCGUCAGCGUCAAGCGGGUCAGCGUGCUCAACUUCCACCUGCUGCACCAGCUGCCCGGCUGCGCGGCCGCCGCCGCCGCGCUCCCCACGGCCCCGCGCGCGCCCGGCCCCGGCGCCCCCGCGCUCCCCGCGCUCUCCGCGUCCACACCGCCCCUGCCGGCCCCGCUGCAGCCCCGCCGCGUCCAACGACGGCUCAGCGGCCUGUCGGUGCUGCUGCUGUGCUGCGUCUUCCUGCUGGCCACGCAGCCGCUCGUGUGGGUCAGCCUGGCCAGCGGCCUUGCGCUGCCCGUGCCCUGGGGCGUGCAGGCGGCCAGCUGGCUCCUGUGCUGCGCGCUGUCUGCGCUCAACCCGCUGCUCUACACCUGGAGGAACGAGGAGUUCCGCCGCUCCGUGCGCUCCGUGCUGCCCGGCGUGAGUGAGGCGCCCGCCGUGCCCGCAGUGUCCCAGGCGCCGUUGGGCCCCCGCGCCGCGGGCCAGCAGUGGUGACCCGGGGAGGCGGAGAGUCUCGGUUCCCAGUGUCCUGGCUCCCCCUUCGCCUCCCGCUCUCGGAAAGGGUCCCUUGACCCGAGGCUCCUGCGUGAAGCCCAGAAAACUGGUGCGAAGAUCUCUCCUUCCACCCCCAGGGGGGAUACGCGAACCAAGGUCUCUCCCUGAAUGGGGUCCCGAAGUCAUUUUGGGCGGCCACCUGAUUUUUACCCCUUGUUUCUGUGGUUUAGAGACUCCCAACGUCAAAACACCAGAGAAAGCGAGAGCGAGAGAGACAGAGACACUGACUUUGAGAACUUGCAAACUGACAUUUAAAAAGAAGCAGUUAAUGCAUUUCAACAGUUUUGGGAAAAAGAGCUGGGAUAACGCGUUACCCUUUCACCUUCGUCGUCUUAAGAAAUGCGUGAAGCGCCCUGAAUCAGCAUGAGCCGCAGGGAAUACUGUGGAUAAAGGGAUGCAUACUUCACGUGUAUCUCAGAAAGCACCCCAUCCUCAAGGGUUCACCCGGAGAAUGAAGCGGCAGGUGUGCACCCCAGUAUGACUGGCCAUGAAGACCUCACCCCCUUUAUUCUUAAAAAAGGGUUUUUUUUUUAUAAAGCAAAACCAUCCCCGAAUGAGCUAGAAUCAUAGCCAGUGAGGAAAAAAAUAACCCCAGAUAUAUUGUUUUACAGUCCUUUCCUCACUUCUAAGUGGCGUUGAAUGUUAGAGUGAGGCGUUUGCAUUGUGCUGAUUGAUGCUCUGCGCCAGCGAUGGGAUUUUGAGGACACGGGAGGCUUUUCCUGUUUUGGGUGCCCGGCUCGCGUUUUCUGUACAAGCAUGCACACUUGUUGCAACCCUCUCCUGCAAUCCACUUACUUGCCUUAGGGGUGUGAUUGCAGUUCUGAACUCUGUGCCUAGCAGCUGCAAAGGAGAGCGAGUUCUGCUUUUCUCUUCACCAUUAAGAACAUCGCUGUGCACACUAAUUACACCCUAAUAGUUCCUUGACUGCGUAGCUAAUUCCAGCUGCUGUUUGCAUGCUCCUAGAUGCUAGAACUUAUCGGGCAUGUGGUCUACUCAAGCAAUACUCACGAGACAAGGACACUUCCCUUCUUCCAGACACCAAGAGGAGCAACCUUGGGUUAUUUGAAAAGGGACACAGAGACACACACCUCUGGCUCCCCAGUGUCUUUCUCCUCUUGACCCAGUUUACGGGACAACGCACAGCUGGGACUUUAUCUUGCAAAUGGAGCCAGUCCAGAUGGGUCAACGGUAUGGUUUGCACAGCCACCUGUGCUCUUGCAGGGUGGUGCUAAGCCACCCGUUAGAAGGGCAGUACUGUUUCUCAUGCAGUUUGUGGACAUUACCAUGACAUUUACAUGAACACCAUGUCUGUUAAAGGAAGUGUCACCAACUCGGUUAUAGGCAAUGGACGUUCAAAUGGGUCCACUCUACAAUGUCCGCUGUGAGGCUUGCCAUUUUCAUCUCUGGUUUACUAAGUUUAUUUAGAAACUUUGGAAAGGCACCCUCGUGGAAAAUCACUUUAUCACAUGAACAUGGGAAGAAAUUUACAAUAAACAGGUGUCAGCAAUCCGACCGGGGCGAACAGUCUGUCACCUGGGUGACUGCUUUGUCUCUCUCCUAGACAUUUUGAGCCUGGGGACUGAGAUACUUGUGCAUUUGAAUAAUCGUGGGAGGGGCAGGACACUUGGACGCAUCUGUGCUAAAGCAAAGCCGAACAAGUAUGCUCACCACCAACUACAGGUCAGCAGCUGUUUUACCAGUCCAGCCCUCAGUGCAUGCACCUUUCUGUCGCACUAAGGUUUCCUCUGUUCUCAUUUUCCUCGAUUCAGAUCAUUAAAGUGGAGACAACCAUC